UGAGAAUCCCAUCGUCUUAGGAGAUCAGAGGCAAAACAGCCCUCAUCGAUGCUCGAAAGAGGCCAUCAUAUCUAUCAAAAAUUCAACAACAGCCUCCAUCCAACUUGACCAUCACCAUAUCCUUCUCCUCACCGGCUUUCAUCCACCGGUGGAGCAUCUCCAAAUUCCGCCAGGUCGCUUAUCUCAAACCCCUCGGCCGAGCUACUGCAGUGAUGAGCUGUCAUCUCUUGCUAGUCAUGAAACUCAAUAUUCACCACAGAUGCCUUUGGCCAGGUAAACAUUGGCACCGAGGUGGGUAGAAGAGAGAAACAUUAAUCCAAAGGUCUCGUUGAAAGUAAAACUACUCCUUAUCCUCCCUAUAAAACCAUCCCACCCCUAGCCCCGCACUCACCGAGUUCGUGAUAGCCCAAGUCUUGACGAUAGUCUUAUCAACAUCACCAGUGUCACUAUCAUCCAGUCUUCUCUACUACCGUCCUCACCACCGCCACUAUGCUGGACAACAACGAGCAAGACCUCGAGCGACUCGCCGAAAUAUGUCUCUCCACGGCCAAACAAAUCAAGGAAUACCUGGCCGCCAACAACCACCCUCCCAUGACCUUUGAUCAGAAUGGCCCUGCCUUCUUCCCCCCUACCAGUCCGCCAGACAUUCAAAUGGCCCGUAUGGAUCUAUGUACUGCGGCCAAACGACUCUAUGACCUCGCAGCAGGACCCGACGAAGUCGUCACCUUCAACACCUACAAUAUAGUCCAUGACCUCAACGCCUUCCGCUACGUCAACUACUACAAAAUCGCCGAAGCCGUCCCCCUCGAUUCGACCAUCAGCUACACCACCCUCGCCGAGAAACUCAACCUCUCAGCCACGCAACUCCGGCAAAUGCUCCGCCAACUAAUCCAAAUCCACGUGUUUUCCGAACCCACACCAAACCAAGUCUCGCACACCGCGAGCUCCAAACUCCUCAUCACACACGCUGGAGUCGGGGCAUUCAACGCCUUCACCACCCUCGACACCGUGCCCAUGGCGGCGCAACAAAUCGAAGCCCUCGAACACUUUGGCCAUGGAAACGUCCACCCCAACCAAGGCGGAUUGAAUUACGCAUGUAAAACCGAUCUUGCCAUGUACAACUACUACGAAACCCAACCUGCCGUCCGCCAACGUUUCAGCACAUUGAUGACCUACGUCAGUUCCUUCCCGGCCAUGAGCAAUCGCCACGCCGUUCGCGGCUACGACUGGUCCUCCCUUCCCCAGGGUAGCACCGUCGUCGACAUCGCCGGCAACGUCGGCCACACCAUGGUCCCCAUCGCCGAAGCCCACCCCAACAUCAAAUUCAUCGUUCAAGACCUACCGAAAAUCGUGGCUCGCGCGACCGAUCCCAGCACAAAUGUGAUUCCAGAACCACUACGCGAUCGAUUCACGUUUCAGGAACAUGAUUUCAACACACCACAACCGGUGGUGGGUGCCGAGGUUUAUUUCUUAAGGAUGAUUAUGCAUGAUUAUAGUGAUCCGUAUUGUUCGAGGAUUUUACGGCAGAUUGUGCCGGCGAUGAAGAAGGAAAGUCGGAUUGUUAUCAUGGAUCAGGUUUCGCCGCCGGUGGGGUUGUUGCCAGCGAAAAUCGAGAGGAUUAUGAGGACCCAGGAUUUGCAAAUGAUGUUGCUGACGAAUGCGAGGGAGAGGGAUUUGGAUGAGUGGAAGAAGUUGAUUGCGGAUGUGGUUGGCGGUGGUGAUGAUGAUGAUGGGAAGGAGAAGGAUGAUUCUGCUGGUGAGGGUAAGGGUGCUGCGUCGGAUGCAACUCCUGUCCCCCUUGAGAUUAAGAAUGUCGUUACUCCUCCUGGAAGUACCAUGAGUCUUAUCGAGGUUGGGUUUGUUGGUCAGCCGUGAAGAGUACAUACAUUUAUAGUUCUAGCAAGCAAUUAGUCACACACGAGAAAAUAACAACUACAUGAGUCUG